UCGCUGUCUCUCUCUUAAUAACUCUCAGGCCAUACUUCGUUGUUGGGUGGGUCUGAGAGGGUCCGAGCUUCGUCCAUUCGUUUCGGGGAGGGGGGGUUGGCGACAGCGGAGCCCCGUGAAAGUUUUCAUGUGAAGUUUCGCAAUUGGGUCGGUCUGGUUUCGCCUUUUCGUGAUCCAGUUCAGGUGAUUGGAGUGCGUUCGGUCUCUUUCCCCGUCCUUUUCCACCCCCAGACAGCCCCCUUUUGUGCUGUCAGCGGUCGCUGCAUUGCAUUCCUCCUCCUCCUCCUUUCUUGCGCCGUUCUUGGGUUUCCCUUCUCUCCGGCACGGAUGUGGUGGGAUCUCUUCUAGGGCUUUCGGGAGGCGGAGGAGGGUUGGAGAGAUUCGCGGUUGCGAAUCCGGGGUGUUCGCCGUUUUGCACGUGGGAGGAGAAAGCUCGUGUACCCUGAAAGCGAAGCGGUCUAAGAAGCAUUAAAGCUCCUGUCUUUUCUGGGAUUGAAUUGAUAUCAAGGGACUGUGCAUCUCAUUUAUGUGUUUUCGUCUGCGACUUCGAGAAGGGAGCCGUUAUCCACGCGAAGUACUCGGCGAAUUUAAACGGAAUCUGGAAGAAGUUGGGGGCUCUGACUAGGAAAAAGAGAGACUUCAUGGAAAUGAGAGUCUCGUUUAUGAUGGGCAGAUGGUGAGUCGACGAAUUUCGGCUUUGUGUGGGGGGGUUGUGUGAUGGUCUGAACAAUCUUUCGACGUUCUGCAGGAUCUACCACAUAAUUUGAACUUCAGAGAAUGCGAUAUCCUGUGAUUUGUUUCCUUAUCAACCGAGAUACUCUGCCUUGGGGGCGUUAAUGUUCUUAAGAUGACUAGGGCCGUCCGAAACAGGGUCCUUAAGGAUGUGAAUGGUGAUAUAAGCGACCAUCUUCGGAACCACAUCCACUUGACUAAUUGCAUUCAUCUGAAGAACCAUAUGCACAAGCACAGCCCCAUGUUGGCUGACAGGUCUUUGAUGAGAGAUCUCAUCGUCCUUCAGAGGUCGCGAUCUCUCAGGGACCCAUCUGCUAGUCCUCCCUCAUGGCAUUCUCCUUCCGUGGCCGACCUUCUCACCAAGCAUGGUGGGAAGGAUAUCAUUCAGGAAGGAAGAAGGUCAGUUGGCAUUGAGCGGCCGAGGCAAGGAAGGAGGUUAUCAGGAAGCUCGCCGCAGUUUGCUGGUUUAACAGCAUCAAGAGUUGAUCCAGGAGAGGACAAUGAACGUGAUGAUGCGGCACCGGUAGUUAGUGAGCAGAGUAGCAAGAGUGAAUUGCGUGAUUCUAGAAGAAUUAGGAGAGAACACGUUCGGAAAAGCAGUAAAGAGGAUUUUUUCGGUGGGAAUGAGGAUCCUAUACUAGGUAUGGAUGGAAAUGAAUCUCUCCGUGACAUUUUUUCCGGAAAAUCUGACUCUAGAGAAAGAAAGUACAGAGAAAAGGGAAAACGUGUUCAAGAUUCUCAAGUCAAGACCCUAUCUGAGCAGUUGAAUGAUGUUCGGAUAGAUAGUGAUGAUUUGGCAUCUUCUAACAUUCAUCCUCAAGGAAGAAGUUUGAGAAUGGAGAAAUUUAGCAGGGAACCUGAAAGUGGUGCUCGCAAAUACGGUAGCACUUCUAAUAGGGUAAAAAGGCGCAAGUUCCGUGGGGCUAAAAGAAGUCGUGCUGCAGUAGCUUCCAGAGAUACUGUAGCUCAUAAUGAAAUGUCUGUGGCUUCAAAUUCUCUAGCUCACGAUUCUGUGCGGCCAACGCAUCACAUGGAGGAGGAGGAAGAAGAAGAAGAUUACGGGGGCCAAAAUGUCACUAGAGCUCCUAGGAAUGGGUGUGGGAUCCCGUGGAACUGGUCAAGAAUACAUGACAGAGGCAGAACAUUUCUUGACAUGGCAGGAAGGAGCUUGUCUUGUGGCUUGUCAGAUAAGAAAGGGAGUCCAGCUUCUCGGAGGAGAGGUUUAGCUAACAUUCCGGUGGAUUUGGACAGUGCAAGCUCAUCCAUGAAAUCUGAUGCAGAAGCAUUGCCUCUACUCAUUGGGUCACAGGACAGCACUGAAAAUGUCGAUAGGGGACAUGAUUAUUCUGGAGAGUUAGGCAUUUUUGCUGAUCAUCUGCUGAAGCAUGAUGUGGAUUCUGACCUUGCUUCUGAAGCUAGAUCAGGCAACCGAAGCAGACCGAGACGGCAGCAGCAUCGACACCAAAAUCUGACCCAAAAGUACAUGCCUAAAGCUUUCAGAGAUCUUGUUGGACAGAAUCUGGUGGUGCAAGCUCUCUCUAAUGCUGUUAAUAGACGAAAGAUUGGGUUACUGUAUGUGUUUUAUGGACCCCAUGGCACUGGAAAAAGCUCUUGUGCUCGCAUAUUUGCUAGAGCUUUGAAUUGCCAAUCCUCAGAGCGUCAAAAACCUUGUGGGUAUUGCGGUUCCUGUAUUGGUCAUGAUAUGGGAAAAAGUCGAAAUAUAAGGGAAGUUGGUCCUGUUAGUAAUUUUGAUUUUGAGAGCAUUAUGGAUCUCCUUGACAGCAUGAUUGUGUCAAAGCUGCCUUCAGCAUACAGAGUGUUCAUUUUUGAUGAAUGUGAUACACUUUCUUCUGAUUGCUGGAGUGCUAUAAUAAAGGUCAUUGAUCGGGCACCCAGGCGGCUGGUGUUCAUUCUUGUCUGUUCAAGUCUUGAUGUUUUACCCCAUGUGAUAAUAUCUAGGUGCCAGAAGUUCUUUUUCCCAAAGAUUAAAGAUGCUGAUAUCAUAUAUACUCUACAAUGGAUCUCAUCAAAAGAGCAUUUAGAAAUUGAUGCUGAUGCUCUGAAGCUUAUUGCAUCACGAUCAGAUGGUUCACUAAGGGAUGCGCUGAUGACUCUAGAGCAAUUAAGUUUGCUUGGGCAGCGAAUCUCUGUCAUGCUCGUUCAGGAACUGGUUGGGCUCAUCUGUGAUGAGAAAUUGGUUGAUCUUCUUGAUUUGGCAAUAUCAGCGGACACAGUUAACACUGUCAAGAAUUUGAGAGUGAUAAUGGAAACUGGUGUUGAACCGUUAGCCUUGAUGUCACAGCUGGCUACAGUGAUCACAGAUAUACUGGCGGGAAGCUAUGAUUGGACAAAAGAAAGGCAUAGAAGGAAGUUUUUUCGACGACAACCAUUAACCAAAGAAGACAUGGAAAAACUACGCCAAGCUUUAAAAACUUUGUCUGAAGCUGAAAAACAGUUGAGGAUGUCCAAUGAUAAAUUGACGUGGCUAACUGCCGCAUUAUUGCAGCUAGCUCCUGAUCAACAGUACCUGUUGCCUAAUUCUUCUGCAGAGACAAGCUUUAAUCACAGUCCUUUGCCUGCGAACAAUAUAGGUUUUAGAGAGACAAUUGGGCAAGCUGGUGAACAUGCUGUCGUGCAUACGAGCAAGAGAGGCAUUUCAGCAAAUGAUAGAAUGCUAAAGGCCAAUAUUGGAAGUUCCUCUAAAAUUCAUAACAGCAACGAAAGCAAGGGUAUUAGAGUAGACAUGGCUGGACAAAGGAGCUUUGGCCUGGCUCCUCAGCAGGCAUCUUCACAAGCCGAUGGUGUAAGUACAAGCGGCAGGCCUGUUAUUGGCAAAACUUAUAAGAAUGUCCAAGACAUAUGGUUGGAAGUACUUGAGAGGAUCCAAAGUCCUAGCAUAAAGGAGUUCCUAUAUCACGAAGGGAAGUUAGUUGCAGUCAGUUUUGGGGCAGCUCCAACUGUGCAGUUGAUGUUUAGUUCACAUCUGACUAAAAAUACGGCAGAGAAAUUUGGGCGCCACAUCUUGCAAGCAUUUGAGUCUGCUCUUGCAUCACCGGUGACAAUCGAAAUUAGAUGUGAGCCAUAUAAAGAUAUGGCAGCUGGAGCUAAUGCCCCUCUAAACUUACCUGCACCCACAAACGGUUCAUCUCAUAUCAGAGACUCCACUGGCAUCAGCGGUCAGCCUCAUCUUGAAGUGGGUAAAAGUGAAAUAGUUGAACUAGAAGCUUCCUCUAGAGAGCUUAAGCAAAAUGAGCACGUCAAUAACAAUGCGAAAUUUGACCAAGGAGGCCUGGAAGUAGCUUCCCACAUUAAUUUGCCACCUUCAUUUCUGGAAAGAGUAAAAUCUAGUGAAAGGAACCCAAGCCGGAGCAUUGUGAGAGGCAAGGUGUCCCUUGCACAUGUAAUACAGCAAGCUGAAGGAUGCUCACAGCAUAGUGGCUGGUCGAGACGGAAAGCAGUUUCUAUCGCCGAAAAGCUUGAACAAGAGAAUCUGAGACUCGAACCUAGGUCUAGAAAUUUGCUUUGCUGGAAGACAUCUAGAGCAACUCGUAAAAAGCUCUCUCGCUUGAAAAUUAGAACGAGGAGGCCACACGCACUGCUGAAGUUUGUUACCUGUGGGAGGUGUCUAUCAAGUAAGUCUUCGAGAUAAUUCAUUGGGAAUUCUUGGGAUGUAAAAUCUGCGGCUGCCUUCAACUUAGUAGAAUCUACAAGAAUUUUCUGCUAGAUUGAAAGUCGAUUUUAUUAGUCUCGUCUGUUUAGAUUGAAUAAUAAGGUGAGGUAUAUUGACUGGAAGUUGUAGGAACAGAAAUUAUUAGCUCAGUUUAUUUUUAAUGAAUUUCAUUAGAUUCAA